AUGAGUAGGACGCUGUCGUGUCGGGCUUCUGUUCGAGCACUUGUUGUGCCCAUCUCGCAUCAGUACGGCCAGCGGGUAGCCUUCACCAACAGACAUCAUGUCAUCACCAAUACUAUCAUAAGUACAACCCUUUCUUUCUAUGCACUUGCUUACAUCAUUGCUUACAUCAUUGCCCUUGCAACCCAUAUCAACAACACCUGCUCGUUGGUGAUGGUCGUCGUGCUCGUGAGCAACAUCCCCACAGUAUCUGGCAUUCUGAUCACGUGUCAUCGUUGUCGGGAGCGGCGUCAUUCUAGUCAUCUUGAAGGACACUGCCAAACCCAGCCUCAAGAUGAUUACAUUCAUAGGUAUGUGUGCCAGCAGCCACUGCAGAGAGGCGCAUAUUGA